AUGGCGGAUUCACAAAUGGGGUCGACAGCACUGAUGGUACUUGCUAAAGUUCAGUCGUUGCUAGAGAACACAGAGGAAUUUGAACUGUGGUAUUACGCUGAGAAGGGCUUGUCAACAUUGGUGUUUUAUAUGGAGGGAGAUCACGGCGAGUCACUUCAAUUUGGAAGGGCGGUAAUAGCCAACAUGGUAAACAGUGUGAAGGCAAAUUACAAGGAUGUGACCAAAACAGACCUUACACAAGAGGCAACAUUAUAUUUAAGAGAGGUCCUUGAUGCCUUGAGACUCACUUGUGAGAACAAAUUCCCAAACACGCUUGCUGCACAAUAUCUGACUGGGUCUGAUAAAACCCCCAACACAAGUCAACCAAAGGCGCACUUUGUGGUCACCUGCAAGAUGCUGGAAAAGUACCAGACAGAAUUAAGAAAAACAAGAGUACUGACUGAAUUGGGGUUCACUGUUACACAAGUCGAUCUUCGUAUGUGGGCCCACAUGUCAGACAACCUUCACUGGGUCAAAAAGCUUGCUGAGGCAGUCAAAACGCUAAGAAAAGGACUGACUAGUGACAUAGGGUCAAAACCCACAAAGAAUGGCCCCACACACAGUGAACUAUUUUUGGCCAUCUGUAAAAGAACACAUCCUGAACUGGAAGAGUCAGCGUACAUCAUGCUAAAGUCCUGCAAAUCAGCUAUCUUUGAACAUCUUGACGCAAAAUGGCCAGUCGCUGUCAAAAGUCUCCGUACAAUCCGCGCGCGCGCAUCGAUCAUCGGUUAA